AUGAAACAUGUUCGUCAUAGUAUAACUUGUUUAUUUGAUUUACCAGAUGAAAUUUUACUAUGUAUUUGUCGUUAUUUAUCUUCCUAUCAUAUUCUUUAUGCAUUUUCUACACCUUCUGAACCUGAACAACGUCUUCAUCGUAUGAUAUUGGAUUAUCGUACAAAAAUAAAAAUUGAUGGAAUAAAAAAAGAUGAAUACAGUUAUUUAUCAAAUUUAGUUUUGGAUUCUGAAGCUCCUUUACGACCGAAAUCACUCAUAUUAAACAAUGAACAUGUUACUUGUUCAACGGACUAUUAUUUUAUUUUUACACCUGAAGAUGUAAUUCAAUCGAUAAAUUUAACACAACUUCGAUAUUUUCAUAUAACUAUUCGAAAACUUGAUGUAAAUGAAAAUAUGGGUUACCUUGAAACAUGUAAUAUAUUAAUUAAUCUACUGUUAUUCAACGAAGAACAAAUCUCUUCUCUUUAUACAAUAAAUUAUCAAAUUUAUAAUGGACUUUUAUUAAGUAAAUCAUUGAUAUUUCAUGAUAAUCUUGGAAAUAUUAAUCUUGCUUUACAAACUAUUGAUGAUUUAUAUAUAUUACUUAAUGGACUUGUUCCAAAUAUCCAGACAAUGAUUAUUGAAUUAUGUCAAUCAAGAAUACGUUUAAUUCAACCUUCUGUUCGUCAUUUAAUUGUUGAACGUUGUUUGAAUGAUGAAAAAGAGAUGUCAAUUCUUGCUCAUCAAUUUCCAAAUGUUAAAUAUUUAAAAUUAGAUCUUCCAUUAGAUAAAUUUUCAUGUAUUAAUUGUUUAAACAUUUUACUCAAUCGUGAUGAUAAUAUUCAAAAUAAACGUUUUUAUUGGACAAAAUUAAUCUACUUUUCAACAGAAUUAUUUCAAACACACAAAAGUAUCAUUUCAAAUGAAAUAAAUUGUAUGAUUUCUUCAUUCGACAUGUACGUGUAA